AAGCACCUCGGCUGGCACGACGUGUUCAGUGACGACUUCUACACCGAGUUUGCGAUCCUCGAAGCCGUACAUUCCCUCUUCUGGAACACGCUC